CUUCCUUCGACUGAAGCCAAAAACUACAUCACCCACCACAGAGUUGUCGCUUUGUUCCGCGGUACUCUGGUUCCAAUGAUUACACGGUAGCAACUGCUCUAAUCAACUGCCCGCGGCAGACCGGAAGGAGCAAGCAGCAACAUCGCCAAUCAUCGUCAUCGUCAUCGCCAUCACAAUGGAGUCGUCAAGAAUCUUCGUCAAGAACCUACCGCCGUCCAUCUCCGAGGCUGACUUUCGCAAACACUUCUCGCUUCAGGGACGAGAGGUCACCGAUGUCAAGCUCAUCCCCAACCGCCGCAUCGGGUUUGUUGGUUACAAGUCUCAUGAAGAUGCAUCCAAAGCCGUAAAGUACUUCAACAAGUCCUUUAUUCGCAUGUCCAGGAUCGGCGUCGAUCUGGCCAAACCUAUUGAAGCCGCCAUCCCAAGAUCAGCCACACAAGCUGCUCAUGUCCCGAGCCGUGAUGCAGCCAAGGCAAGCUCUCUCGUCAAGUCUGACGCAGAGCCAAGCGAGGAUGACCCUAGCUCAAAGAAGAGGAAGCGGGACGUCGUUGACGAGGCUGACCCCAAGCUUCAGGAGUUUCUUGAGGUCAUGGGUCAUCCCACCAAGAAGGCUAAGGACGGAGAAGCCCUAGGGAGUAGCGCAUUUGAGUCAGAAGCGGCCGAUGCUAUCCCCUCGGCUCUCAUCGAGGGUGGUGAGAGUGACGAUGAGUACGAGGACAUCCCAGUGAGGCCCAAACGGCCAAUCGAGGAGGCACCUACCUCGGCUCUACCUGUUGCCACCCCUGUCGCAGCUAUCAUCCCCCCCGCACCAUCCCAACCAGCCGAGGACGCUGCAAGGGAAGUGCCGCAGGUACCCGCUGAAGCCACUGAUGAUGACUGGCUUCGGUCGAGAACGAACCGUCUGCUGGACCUUGUGGACCCGGAUGACCCCGGGUUUCCCGCACAGUCUGCUGGUGCAAUGCCUGCCACCACUCAAACACUUCUGCCAGAGGCCCAAGUCCAAGAAACCCAGGAACCGGGUCUUGCUGCCGGGUCUGGUGAGAAACCUGUUGUGGCUCGCACACCUGAGGAUGCCGUGAAAUUGAUCCAGAAGACAGCUCGUCUGUUUUUGCGGAAUCUCAGCUACACGGUAACGGAGGACAAUGUGAGGGACCACUUUAGCCAGUUUGGCGAACUUGAAGAGGUUCAUGUUCCGCUGGAUAAUCAGGGCCAAAGCAAAGGCUUUGCUAUGAUUCGUUAUGCCAGUCCUGAGGCGGCGCUUUCCGCAUUCCAGACAGACGGCACCGUCUUUCAGGGCCGCAUCAUCCACAUCCUUCCCGCUGCUGCCAAAAGGGAGAACAAGCUUGAUGAAUACGCAAUCUCGAAGCUCCCUUUGAAGAAGCAACAGCUGCUCAAGAAGAAGGCUGAAGCUGCCUCCAGUACCUUCAACUGGAAUUCGCUUUUUAUGAGCCAAGAUGCUGUCAACACCGCCGUAGCUGAACGCCUGGGUGUGUCCAAGCAUGAGCUCCUGGACCCAACCGACGCGUCUGCCGCUGUGAAACAGGCAAUCGCUGAGACCACCGUCAUCCAGGAGGCCAAGGCUUACUUUGCAACUCAUGGUGUGAACAUCGAGGCCUUUAAGUCUCAGCAGCGAGGUGACACGUCAAUUCUGGUCAAGAACAUCAAGAACGCCACCAUCGAGGAGAUCAGAACCCUCUUCGAGGAGCAUGGCUCCGUCCUCCGUGUGCUUAUGCCCCCAAGCGGGACGAUUGCCAUUGUCCAGUUCGCGCAACCAGCACACUGCAGGGCAGCUUUCGCCAAGAAAGCAUACUCUAGAUUCAAGGACGGCGUGCUGUACCUCGAGAAAGGCCCGAAAGGGCUCUUCGUCGACAAUCUGGCCCAGCCCGCAGAUCGUCCUGCUGGUGUUCAGAAGGUGUCAGCUUCUUACCUGCUGGAACGCGAUGACGGUGAGGAUCAGCCAGAGACGGCCUCUCUAUUCGUCCGCAACCUGAACUUCUCCACCACCACCGAAGGAUUAACAAAUGCAUUCAAGCCCUUGGAUGGAUUUGUGAGUGCGCAGGUGAAGACCAAGGCCGAUCCCAAGAAACCAGGUCAGGUGUUGAGCAUGGGCUUUGGCUUCUGCGCCUUCAGGACCAAGGAGCAGGCCCAGGCUGCACGAAAGGCUAUGGAUGGCCAUGUGCUUGACGGACACAAGCUUCUGGUCAAGGCUUCCCACAGGGGUCUGGACGCGGCCGAAGAGAGGAGGCGGGAGGAUCUGGCCAAGAAGGCGAAUGCUCAACGCACAAAGGUGGUCAUCAAGAACCUUCCGUUCGAAGCGUCCAAGAAGGAUGUGCGCGCACUCUUCAGCAACUAUGGAAAGCUGGUUGCUCUCCGUAUUCCCAAGAAGUUCAACCACUCUUCGCGUGGCUUUGCUUUUGCCGAGUUCUCCACAGGCAAGGAGGCGCUCAACGCGAUCACUGCACUCAAAGACACGCAUUUUCUCGGGAGAAGACUUGUGCUUGACUUUGCUGAAGCUGAGGAGCUUGAUGCCGAGGAACAGAUCGAGGCCAUGGAGAAGAAGAUGCGUGGCCAGGUUAGCAAGGUUGCCCUUCAGCAACUCACUGGGACAGGGAGGAGCAAGGUCAAUUUUGGAGAUAAUCCCGAAGACGAGGCAUGA